AUGAAUUCACCAACAGAAUUUGCCUGUGAUAAUAAAGAAAACCUAUGCUAUGAAAUUGUAUUAAAUCUUUCAAAUGUAUCAUAUAAUAAUAUUCCUUAUAAAAAUACUCAUUUUCUUCGUUUAUCACAAAAUUCUUCAUCAUAUUGGAUAACAAUUACAAUUCUUUUCUUUUUUAUUAGUUUUGAUUUUAUAAUAUUUAUUUUAAAAAAUAUUCUUCAUUGUGAUAAUUUAAAUCGACAAUAUGUUGAAAUAAUUGAUUUUACUGAUGAAAAUGAAUAUCGUUCACUACGUAAUCAAGAAUUUCAAUUGCGUUAUGGUCAACGAUCACAUAUACAUAAUGAAAAACCUUAUCAUUUAUAUCGAUGCUUCAGAGAAUAA